CCCCAGCACCUGGCCUCCUGUGCCUGAAAGAUGAUAAAUCAGCCCUGCAUCUGGGGAUUUGAUUUUCUUGCUGUAGUUCAAAGGAAGAGUAGUGGACCAGAUACAGAGAUAAAAAUUGUCUGGGAUCUUCUAGGUGACAUGAUUCUGAUCCCCCACCACAUGCUUUCUUAUAAAAACACAGGCUCCAAGGAAAGUUCCAAAGGAAUUUAAUGAUCACAUACAAGGAGUACUCCUAAGUACGUGGCACUGUCCAGGCUCCAACCGACGGCGGCGACACGGCCUCGGGGCAGCGCGUCAGUCUCUGCCCCAAGAAGCUUGCUUCCCGCGCGCGAUGCUAGGCAGACUUCUAGUACCUCCUCAGGGCCGGUGUCUGAGCUGAGUACUUCUCAAGUGCAACACCUCACUGAGUGACAAUAAGCGACACGGCUACCGCUUUCCAACCGAGGGAUUUCCAGGGCUGAGACACCAGAGUAGGCACCAAGCCACUGCUAGGCAGAAUCAAGGGAAACCAGGUGCCUCCGCGAGCUGCUCUCUCGACCCCCAGCACUCUAGCCUGACCCCAGCCGCUGGGCUAGAAAGGAAGGCAUGCCCAAGGCGCAGCCCCUCGGCCAGAGAAUUCCCAGGCCUCAGAAGUUAGGUCGAGCCCCGCACAUGACUCUCGCUUCCGUCAACCUCAAAAACACGCAGUGCUCCACGGACGUGGAUCCAAAGGAAACAUCUCUCGAGAACAAAGUUCCAUGGUGUAUGAGGCACUCGAGCCCAGGCCGAACCGCUGCAGAGAAGAGAUGAAGAAAACUGGAGGGGCCCACGCUAUCCUUGAGGUGGUUCUGAAAAAUGUUUCAAAACAGAUGAGGAAGUAGCCUAAAGGUGUGUCAUACAAAGAGAGCUGACAGAGAAGCUGUGGUUAUAGAGAGACUGGAGCAAAGCUGGCUUCUGGAGAAAGAGCCCUGCCUACACAAUGGAGGAGGAGGGGAAGGUAGGCUGGGCACAGCUGGUGCCACAGCAGGCCACAUCUGCCUGGAGGAAAGCUGCUGGUGAUAGUGCUCCAAGUGUUGACCUCGCACCUGUUAUCAGGAACAAAGUGACCAUGAGAGGGGACAGAGCAGAUAGUGUCCUCGGCAGGAGAGAGGAGCAAGCUGUCCAAAGGAAGCUGUGCCAAGGCCUGGCACAGGGUGUCAGGAUUGGAAAAGAGGGUGAAGAUGGGUGAAGAGGGUGCAGAGAAAAGGGGGAACGGCCAAAGGUGGUACGGACCUAUUCUUGCCUGGCCCACCUCUAGCCCCACCAACUCACUCCCCAAGCAAGAGCAGUCUUCCCAAGCCCCAUCAAGGUAUGGUUCUCUUGAUGUCCCAGGAUUCAAACCUGUGACACUCAGGGUCACCUGAGAGAGGCAUCCACACUCCCUCUGGGUAGAUAUGGCCAAGGUUAAACCCAAAGCUAGGCCAGACCUGCCUGUCCCUGCUCCUCAGGGCGUGGCCUGAAGCAGGUAAUAGACAAAGGGGCUGUCACAGCAGAGGGGCUCCACUGCACAGAGAGACUAGUCCCUGUCCAAUGCUGACCUUUCCACUUGCACCAUCCUCAGGGAGCAUUCCAGGAGCAGCUGCUGGCACUCCAGGCCUGGCCUUCUGCCUCCCAGCCCCAGAUCUGCCCUGGGAGCCAAUCGAGGGCUACAGUCUGGGAAGAGGCCCCCAGGAAGAAACACAGUCAAGAGCAGAAAUCCCUUCCAGAAAUCCCCUGCGCAGCAGAGCCACUGUCAGACAGACUGGCAAAGGUUUGAACGAGAAAAGAGAAGUAAAGGGAGGUGAAAUGUCCGGCCAAACCAUGUGAGAAGGUAGAGCCCCAGCUUUCUAAAGUCAAUGAUCCCAGGCCAAGAGUCUUUGUCCCUCCUGACCCAUCUCCGAACCUUCUCAGUCCCGCAGGCCGCCUGUGUGGACACCAGUAAGGGCUUCCAGGACUAAAGGGAGGGAGAAGUUAGGGACGUUUCUCCUUAGCUCCUUCCCUAUAGAGUCACUGUAGCCUCCACUAAGGUCGCUGCCUCUCUCAAGGUGGCCCCCUUUACACUCUUCCCAGGUUCCAGUGACCAUUGCUCCCUUCUUUUAGGAGUCUAUGACUACCAUUGGAGAUUCCUACACUUUGCUCCUACCUUUGUAAAUUAUGCCCUUAAUAAACCCUCCUUGGACUGCCCUAACUGGAGUAUGUCUUGUUUGCUGCUAGGACCCAGACUGACACAAACAACUGCCCUGGAUUUCCUGGGAUGCCUGGGUUGCAGAAAUCAGCCCCUCUGCUCCACAAGCAGUCCUGGCUCCAGAUCUGGAGGCAUGGGCAGACUGAUGUGUCCCCAUGGCCCUCUCCUACCUCAGGUCCCAGCCAAAUGCAAGGUUACUCUCCAAAGGCCUUCAGUCUGCUCCAACCCACAGGCUGGCAUUCCGGGGUUCCAAGUUCAAGUGGCUCAGGCCAGAGCCUCAUUCCCCCAGGGCACUCCUCCUUUAUGACUUCACCCACUGAAGUCACCUGGGAGACAAUGCCGAACCUUCUACCCUAGAGUAUGGGCCUCUAGGAGGCAGGGACAGCAGGCCCAGCCAGCCCAGAGGACUCUCUGUCCACAGUUUAAAUGAGGACGCUGCUGGCCCACGUCUCGCAGGGCAGCCUCAGAGGCACUGGGUGCUCCUGGAACCAUGGAUGAUGCUGCCAUCCUCAAGCGACGAGGCUACAUCAUGGGGAUAAAUUUGGGAGAGGGCUCGUACGCAAAAGUCAAAUCCGCUUACUCUGAGCGCCUGAAGUUCAAUGUGGCAGUCAAGAUCAUUGACCGUAAGAAAGCCCCCACAGACUUCUUGGAGAAAUUCCUUCCCCGGGAAAUUGAAAUUCUGGCCAUGCUAAACCACCGCUCCAUCAUCAAGACGUACGAGAUCUUUGAGACUUCGGAUGGCAAGGUCUACAUUGUCAUGGAGCUCGGAGUCCAGGGUGACCUCCUUGAGUUCAUUAAAAACCGGGGAGCCCUGCAUGAAGACGAUGCUCGAAAGAAGUUCCACCAGCUUUCCUCGGCCAUAAAGUACUGCCACGACCUAGACGUUGUACACCGAGACCUCAAGUGUGAGAACCUUCUCCUCGACAAGGACUUCAACAUCAAGCUAUCUGACUUCGGCUUCUCCAAGCGUUGCCUGAGGGACGACAGUGGCCAACUGACACUGAGCCAGACCUUCUGUGGGUCAGCGGCGUACGCGGCCCCCGAGGUGCUGCAGGGCAUCCCCUACCAGCCCAAGGUCUAUGACAUCUGGAGCCUCGGAGUGAUCCUCUACAUCAUGGUCUGCGGCUCCAUGCCCUAUGAUGACUCCAACAUCAAAAAGAUGCUGCGCAUCCAGAAGGAGCACCGUGUCAACUUCCCGCGCUCCAAGAACCUGACGGGUGAGUGCAAGGACCUCAUCUACCGCAUGCUACAGCCAGAUGUCAACCGGCGGUUGCACAUUGACGAGAUCCUCAGCCACUGCUGGGUGCAGCCCAAGGCCCAGGGCCUGUCCUCUGCAGCCAUCAACAAGAAGGGGGAGAGCUCCCGGAGCACUGAACCCUCAUGGACCCCUGAGCCCGGCUCCAAUAAGAAGUCUGCCACCAAACUGGAACCCCAGGAAGAGGCACGGCCUGAGGCAAGGCCUGAGUCGAAACUCGAGGAAGAGAAGCUGCCAGUGCAGGCAUCAAGGCAGUUGGAGACCACAGGCCUCACCCUCACAGGCGAACAGAUGAAUAUGGAGAUAGCGGAAGGGGCCCCCCCACAGCCUCCAGAGAUGCACACCUAGUGAGCCUCUCUCACAGCCAAGGGGAUGAGGCAGAGGUCACAGCUUCGAGCCUGAGCUCCAGAAAAGCCAAGGGAUGAGCCUGAGAAAGAAGACAGUCCCGGAUAAGGCACUAUUUUCAUCAGUUUCUAUACCCUCCCGUUGAACUUGGUAAUCUAUAUGGCUAAAGAAGCAAUAAAUCACUAUAUUAGUGCAGUCCCCUACAUGAAUGUCUUUGCCCUGGCUGACUGCGGUCAACCAGGGAAAGGAUCCCCUCCUCCACCAGCACUUUGGAAAAUAUAUUUCAGUGUGCCCAGCCCUGACUGUGACCUGACCAUGACCUCAGGCCCUGCACCAGAGCCAAGAGCUGAGUGAGGAAGAUGCUGCUUCAAGAGGGAGGCCAUGAGUACAGUGCUGUGGGGUGGGGGAAACAGGAAGAAGACAGGAGGAUGAAAAGGCUGUCUGAAGAGGAGGGGUAGGAGAAGGCCCCACAAGGCUGCCAGUGGGGAGGGACCUCCAGAGGGCAGGUGGACCAGCCUCUCAGCCUCUCUUGGUUUCCCUCCCCACCCUAAUAAGAAACUCAAUUUUUCUGCUCUGUCCACCAGGGGUUCCCUUGUGUCUAGCUGGCACCCAGUUCUCAAUGGUGCCCUGAGUCAUCCUGCCCAAUGGUCAUUAUCCCAGCUCAGGGGAAGCAAGGGGUUCUGCUGGACAGCACAACCACAUUCCAGCUUGCAUGUCCCACAACUGUGUGGCCUUGACUACACUCUGUUCCCCUCUAGUCCCAGUCUGUCCCCAGGGAUGAUGCUCCCUGCCAGAUUAGAUAAGCUGACACUGGCGAGGAGACAGGACAGGUGUCCUCACAAUGCAUGCCUGGCCACUGUAGCCAUUGGUGUCCCACAGAGGCAGCAGGCCUGUAGUUAGCAUCACUGGCCGCUGUACAUGGCAGAGCCCUGCCCACCGUUUCUUAGGCAGUCCUCACCUCGGCGUGAUGGCCCUUUCUCCUCUUGCUCUGCACUCACUCUGAUAACC